AUGCUUGACCUCUCCGAGGAGCCUUUGGAGGAGAACAUUUCCAUCUGCAAGAAGUACUUGGAGCGCAUGGCCAAGAUCAACCUGCUCUUGGAGAUGGAGCUGGGUGUGACCGGUGGUGAGGAGGAUGGCGUUGACAACACCGAUGUUGACUCCUCCCGCCUCUACACUCAGCCUGAGGAGGUGUGGCAGGUCUAUGAGGCCUUGGCCUCCAUCCCCAACGGCAACUUCACCGUGGCCGCCGCCUUCGGCAACGUGCACGGCGUCUAUGCGCCGGGCAACGUGAGCUUGAAGCCGGUGAUCCUGCACAACACCCAGAAGUACAUCAAGGAGAAGUUGGGCUGCGACAGCGACAAGCCGGUGUCCUUCGUCUUCCACGGCGGCUCUGGCUCCUCCCUGGAGGACAUCCGCUACGCCAUCGAGGCAGGCGUGGUGAAGAUGAACAUCGACACCGACACCCAAUGGGCCUUCUGGGACGGCAUGAACGAGUACCAGAAGAAGAACAAGGACUACUUGCAGGCCCAGAUUGGCAACCCCGAGGGAGCUGAGAAGCCCAACAAGAAGUACUACGAUCCUCGCAUGUCCUUGCGCUCCGGCGAAGAGUCCAUGGCGGAGCGCUUGGUGAAGUGCAUGGAGGAUCUCAAGUGCGUGGAUGUCACUCGGAGGCAGAACCUGGUGGAGAUAUACAUACAACAAAGACCCGUCAGCUCAAGGAAAAGGGAUGAUACAAUGCUUAUCAGGUAUAUGUUCACUUCGAUGUUUGCUGUCGAUUGA